AAUUGGGCAUUCUUCAGAGCACAGUACGAAAACUAUGAGAUAGCGACUGGUCUCGAUAAAAAAGAUGAAGCAGUACCAAUCGCUACGCUUAUGUCGGUUAUGGGUAGAGAAUGUUUUAGAAUAUAUCAACAUAUUCACAGAAAAGACAUAGCAAAGGUCUUGGAUGCACUUCAGAAACAUUUUGAACCAACACAAAAUGUGAUAUACGAAAGGUUUAAGUUUAACACUUGUGUACAAGAGCAAGGAGAAACGAUUGACCAAUAUAUUACGAAGCUUAAGCAAAUGGAAGCAACUUGUAAGUUCGAACAACUGGAAAACGAGUUAAUCAGAGAUCGUUUAGUGUUGGGAGCCAAAGACAGCAGUGCGAAAGCCCGAAUGUUGAGAGAACCGAAUCUUGAUCUCCAAAAGGCGAUUGACAUGUGUAGGAAUAGUGAAAUAGCAAAUGCUCAAUGGAAAACAAUGAACAAUGAACUUGAUGGAGUGGCAGCAGUGAACUACACAAGAAAUGAAAAGAAAUCUGGUGGCUCCAAGAAAAAAGAGGGAUUAAAUAAAAAUAAUGGAAGGGCGAAGGAAUAUUUUAAAGAAUCGUGUAAGUACUGUGGUGGCAAGCAUAAAAGAGACAAAAAACAAUGUCCAGCUUAUGGCGAGACCUGCAAUAAUUGCUAGAAAAAGCAUAAUUUCGCAAGAGUCUGUAAACAGAAAGUGAAGAAAGAUGUCCAUGAGCAGUCAUCAGAUCAAUCACUUUAUCAAGUAGUUGAAGAAACAGUUGGUACGGCUAAAACUGCAGGUGAGAAAUGGUAUGCAAUCCUGUGUCUUAGCAUUGGAGAUGGUCCCCAACAACUGGUACAAUGCCAAAUGGACUGUGGCUCUACAUGUAAUGUCAUAAGUUACAAAGAGUAUUGCAAGAUUGCACAGGAUGGUAAUCCAAAGCUACAGAAAACCGAUACAAAGCUACGACUAUAUGAUGGUUCGGUGAUGUUACCAUUAGGAUGUUGUGAAUUAAGAUGCAACCAACCUGCAAGUAGCUACCUUCUUAAAUUUCAAGUGGCGGAUUCUAACCAAAAGCCUCUUUUGUCAGCAGCGACGUGUUAGCAGUGGGGACUGUUGACUGUUAAUCAUCAAGAAAGAGUUAAUGCAUUGACAGUACAGAAGGACACUCCUGUUACCACCAAAGUGAUAAGCAGCCCUUUAACUCAAGAGUGCAUAUUAAACAAGUAUUCUGAUGUGUUUAAUGGUCUUGGAACUCUUCCAGGAGAAUAUCAUAUGGACAUUGAUACUAAGGUUAAAGCGGUCCAAGCUCAGCCACGAAGAGUCGCAGUAGCUUUAAAGUCGGAGUUAAAGUAAGAGAUCGAAGAGAUGGAAAGACGAGGACUGAUUGCCAAGAUAACAACAUCCACGGAGUGGAUAAGCAGUAUGGUUGCAGUUACCUAACUACAUUUCGGACGCCAUAUGGUCGAUAUCGGUGGCGCCGUAUGCCAUUUGGAAUAAGCACAGCGCCUGAAGAAUUUCAGAGAAGGUUACAUGAAGUAUUCGAAGGCUUGUCGGGAGUUGAGGUGAUAGCAGAUGAUAUUUUGGUGCACGGCAAAAAACGCUCAAGUUGAUGCAAUACUGAUGAAAACAGGACUGAACAAUGUUUUGCUGCCCACAUUGUUCAUAGCUGUCAACAAUAUUAAACAAUAUUGUUACACCCGAUUCAGGCUCAACAACAUUGUUCAAUAUUGUUGACAAGUGUGAACAACGUGGGCAGCAAAACAUUGUUCAGUCCUGUUGAGCAACGGGCUCGGCGUUUUUUGCCGUGUAUAUGGAUCAGGUGACACAGAGGAGCAAGCUGUCAAAAACCAUGAUCAUUGCCUAGAAGCCGUACUUGAAAGAGCAAGACAACGCGGUCUGAAGCUGAAUAAGCAAAAGCUGAAGUUAUGGAGGACCGAAGUUUCAUUGACGUCCAAGGGACUUCAUCCGGAUCCACGAAAGAUCCAAGCAGUCAUCGAGAUGCCUACACCAGACGAAGUGCAAGCCGUUCAGCGACUACUGGGUUUUGUCAAUUAUUUGGCAAAAUUUUUACCGCACUUAUCAGAAGUAAGCGAGCCUUUACGACCCCUUACAGAUAAAGGUGCUAUUUGGUUGUGUCAAACACAGCAUGAAAGAGCUGUCGAGAUGAUCAAGCAAUUAGUAACAAACCAUCCAGUCCUGAGGUAUUACGAUGUAAACGAGCCUGUAAAGAUACAGUGUGAUGCGAGUGAAGUCGGUUUGGGAGCAACGCUUCUGCAGAAAGGGCAACCUGUGGCAUAUGCCUCCAGGUCGCUGACAACGACGGAACGCAGAUAUACACAGAUCGAAAAAGAAUGUCUUGCCAUUCUUUUUGCCUGUGAACGUUUCGAUUUGUAUAUCUAUGGAAAAGAAAGAGUACUUGUCGAAUCAGAUCAUAAGCCACUCGAGGUAAUUUUCAAGAAGUCCUUACUAACCGCCCCUCGACGUCUUCAGAGAAUGUUGCUGAAGCUGCAGAAAUACAGCUUAGAUGUAAGUUACAAGAGAGGAAAGGAAAUGUAUCUGGCCGAUACACUCUCACGAGCCUCAUUACCCGAAACUGGUAGCGGCAGCAGCAAGAUGAAAACAGAGCAGAUUUUACACAUCAGCCAACAGACCAAAGUGGAGAAAGAAGUGGAAAGUGCGAAUCAUACGUCAUUCCUGAACGUAACAGCAGAUAGACUUAAACAAAUACAGCAGCAUACAGUACAAGAUAUGGUCCUACAAGUAUUAAAGAGUAAAGACCACUAUUCUCUCUGGCUGGCCUGA